CCCCCCCCCCCCUUGCGGAAUCAGACGGCGGCGCCGAGCGCUGUGUUGGGGCUGAGGGGUAUUUUCUUUUCCCUCUAAGCAACGUCUUUUUAUUCAAACAAAAGCAACCGAGAGCUGGGAGGUUGGGGCCGGACAGAGAGAGAGAAAAAAAAACACAAAUUCGGCAGCGGAUCGAUCAUUUUGUAGAAGGAGCGGGGGUUAAUUUUUGUUUUUGAAAAAAGCCACCCUUCUCUCCUGUUCCCCUCUUUCCCUAAACCCCCCCCCCUCUUCCCUCUCUCCCCUCCACAGCCGUCGCUCGGGCAAAAAAAAAUUAGUCACAACUUCCCGGAGAAAACGGUGGUUGAUCGAAAUCUCUGGAAGCUUCACCUUCGGCGGCCAGGAUGGGAAAUGAAGCGAGCUACCCCUUGGAAAUGUGCUCACACUUUGAUGCCGAUGAAAUUAAACGGCUAGGAAAGCGGUUUAAGAAACUGGAUUUGGACAAUUCUGGCUCAUUGAGUGUAGAAGAAUUUAUGUCCCUACCUGAGUUGCAACAGAACCCACUAGUGCAACGAGUUAUAGAUAUAUUUGACACUGAUGGAAAUGGUGAAGUUGACUUUAAAGAGUUUAUUGAAGGGGUCUCCCAAUUUAGUGUCAAAGGUGAUAAAGAACAGAAAUUGAGAUUUGCUUUCCGCAUCUAUGACAUGGAUAAGGAUGGGUACAUCUCUAAUGGAGAGCUUUUCCAGGUGUUGAAGAUGAUGGUGGGGAACAAUCUAAAAGACACUCAGCUACAACAAAUUGUAGACAAAACCAUAAUUAAUGCAGAUAAAGAUGGAGAUGGAAGGAUAUCUUUUGAAGAGUUCUGUGCAGUUGUAGGAGGCCUAGACAUCCACAAAAAGAUGGUGGUUGAUGUGUGACCUCUUUCAAGGCUCUACCCAACACUUCUGCUUUCUUCUCCAUUUCUGAAGAUCUGCUCAAGACAUCCAGCAAUGCUUUCUGUGUAUUUAAUGGAAGUAUUUUCUCUGUGAAGCCACUUUUUCCAACAUGAGCGUCAAGCCAAUUAAGUGUUAUUGAACUUCAAUUCUCUCAAUAACCCAGUGUAGCACUUUAAAAAGUCUGAAGGACAGCUGUAAAGGAGCAUCUCAGUGUGGUGGAGAAGGGGAAGGGGCUGGAUUCUUAUUUAUUUCAUUCUCAUCUUUUAUAACAAGGAAGUAUAUCUGUAGCUUUGUAAAUGUAACAGUAGUAGUUUGGGCUUUAAUAAACUUGAUGCAGAGAUUUGAUCUGAUAUAAUUAAAAAGUAGUCUACGAAGUGCCAAGCAUGGAUUACACAAAUCAUUUUAAGAUACUUUUGUCAGAACAUUAUCGAUGUGUGUUUUUAUUUGCUUUCCCAUUAUAUGUAUUUCUUGUCUCGUAAUAAAUUUAAAAACUGUUGAAAAAUAGUUCUUCCAUGUCAACAGGGUAUUUUUCCACUGUUCUUGUUUUGGUAUGUUGCCUUUUAAAGUAAACAUUUUUUCUUCUGGUCAUAAUUAUUUACAUUUUGUUAACAAAUGUUCUGUAUUUUAUGAGUUCCUUGUUAGGGACUGUCUGUUUAGUUAGUUCCUUCCCUUGGUAACUGCUCCAACAUAUUGUAGAUAACAAGACUCCCAAGUAAAAUGGUAGGAUGGUUAGGUGGUAUGUCCUUAUAUACUAUCAUGGUAACUUGGUGACAGUUACCAAUUCAGGACACUUUAUCAGAAUUCAUUGUUGUUGGAGUCACACCAGAUUAAACUGCAAAUUGACCUGAGAUAUGUUUUGAGAACAGCAUAAUAUCCCAGUUCAGUUCAUGUCAUCAUGUGGACAGAAAAGGACAAUCCGUAUGUGUUAGUCUGGCCUUUUGUUCAGGAGAAAACAUUCAGAGUUAGCUAGUUAUACCUCCUGGUUAUCCACUUGUCACAUUCAUUGUGAAAUUGUAAUUUUUUUAUUUUUGGAGUUUGAAAUUAUUCAUCCUCAUCUAAUUGCAAUUUGUUUAAGUGCAAUACAAAUAGUGAGCUGUAUUUAGAGUACCUUUCACGCAAACUAUUGCAAUCCCCUUGGCUUUCUAGUGAAUGCAGGAUAGGUUAUAAAGGAAGUAAAUAAAACUUGCACCAAGAAUAGUUUCUAUAAUUGAUGUAAUCCAGUCUCUUCAUUUUAAAUUGUCAUGGGGGAAAGAGAGCUGUCAAAGAUUAAAUCAACACACUCUCCUGUUGCUGUUCCUUCAGCUAAGUGCUGCAUACUGGAAGGCUCUGACUUUGUGUGAGAGAUCCAGGUGCUUGGUGUCUUUGCAUGAUUAACUUUUUGCAUGUAGAUUGAAAUAUUCCUCUUGUUUACAUAAAUUGCAAUGUUCUUAUAAAAGUUGCCAAAUGUUGGUAAAUGUUGAAGAAAAAUAACUCCACUAACUAUAUUCUUUCUUCCUCUGGAUCAGUGCAUGGCUUGUAACCACAGCCAGUUGUAUCUGCUCCACUGUCAGUUGCCAUGUGCUCUAUUUCAAGGGGAAAUCUAGUCUUCUGUGAAUUUAUUUGUACAUAAGUAUUUGUUAGUCAUGUAGGGAAUGCUCUUUCCCUUUGCUUGUGCAUAAUUUGACUGCAGUCCAAGGUAGUGCACACAUCUUUUUCCUCAUGGGGGAAUGUUUUUAGUUUGUGUAGGGGGAAAAAAGACAGUUAAUGUUGAAUGUUGAGUUUUCUUCUCUGCAUGUUGCAUCAUAUGCUGUGGGAUUAUUGGAAUCUUCAUCUGUAAGUACAUUGAAAAUAAAAUAUUUGAAACUUC